AGGAACCGCAGCCGUAGCCACAGCUGCUCGCUUGGCCUCCGUUUGCAUUGAAGCUUGGAAGGGCGUCAUGGCCUUCCUGUUCUUGGCCCUGCUCUGCGUAUCCCAGGCUACCAAGUUCCAUGAGGGCACGCACAUCUUGAAGCCCAUCCAGUUCCACCAGAAGCUGCGCUUGUGCAAUGCCUACCCUGGCAAGGAGGUUUUCCACGUGGAGAGGGACGGGGUGAUGCUGACUGCCAAAGACUCGCUCAAGUACAAGGAGUGCGGAGACGCCAACCUCACGGAGCCUUUGGCACCCGGGGACCACCUGAACUUCCACGCAGACGGCUUGCCGAUGGGCACCUUUACCAUCGAUUCGCUUCCCCAGUACAACGCCAUGCUGUAUGUGGUCGUGCAGCGCCGGGAUGCCACGGAUGCAGUGUCCUUUCAGUCACACAUCUUCGCAUCGGCCAGGAACGCCCAGAUUGCGGUGAUGGACAGCUACGUGGGCCGGGACAAAGCUGCCCUGCUGCUGGCCAACUCUACAGGAGCCUGGGAGGGCACCGUGUUGCCUUUCGGCACCGCCUUUGGCCUGGCCAACGGCAGCUACCAGGUCGUCCUCAGCGACGGCUCGGCAGGCUCUUUGCGGAGGCCCUUGCAAGUCGUGGAUGGCGAGAGCUACCUGGUUCUCCGCACCGGCGCAGAGGGCGAGCAAGACGCAGAUCAAGAUCUGUUGAUCUACCCCACCACCGGGCCCUCGUGGGCGGAGCGCAGCGCCGCCUUCGAAGCGCGCGGGUUUUUGGCGCUGGCGCUGGUGGCCGGAGCUUGGCUGGCGCAGUGAGGGAGGCUUACUACCCACCGACUGGCAACUCCCACGCCGAUCCUGCGGUGCA